AUGGGCUUCGCUUCGGAGCUCUUCGCGGAAGCCGUGGACCCCGCUUUCCAGUGCCAGCUGUGCGGCCAGGUGCCGGAGGAGCCCGCGUGCACGCCUUGCGGGCACGUCUUCCGCGCCAGCUGCCUGCUGCCCUGGGCGGCGCGGAGGCGCCGGUGCCCGCUGCAGUGCGCGGCGCCGGCGCUGGGCGAGCUGUGCCGGGUGCGGCCGCUGCGCAGCCUGGUCCGGCAGCGGCGAGCGCAGCGUGACUCCCGCGCCCCGGGCUGCGGCUACCGGUGGGGCCGCGGGAGCUGGCGGCGCACGGCCAGCGCUGCGCCUUCGGCCCUGCCAGCGGCUGCGGGGGCGGCGGGGAGGAAACGCACUGGGUGACCACGACCCACCGAGGUGGGGACCACACGUGGGGAGCCGUCGGGGCCGGAGGGACGCCUGAGGGAGGUAGAGGAAGGCGCUGCGGGCACAGCUCGGUUUGCUGCGCGCGGGUACCAGGAGAAGUUGACCCACUACAUGGCGCACACGUGCAACUUCGGCGGGGACCCCGGAGGCCGAGGCCAGGACAGAGAACAGAAGUCAUUCACUGUUGUGUUGGAAAGAGAAGAUGGUACUUUGGGAUUCAACAUAAUAGGAGGCCGCCCAAAUCAGAAUUACCAGAAACAACCAGUAACUGAAGGAAUUUAUGUUUCAAAAAUUUUAAAAGAUGGACCUGCAGACAGAGCAGAUGGCCUGGAGGUUCAUGACAAAAUCAUUGAGGUCAAUGGCAAGGAUCUCUCAAAGGCCACCCAUGAAGAGGCAGUGGAAGCUUUUCGAAACGCCAAAGAGCCCAUCGUGGUGCAGGUGUUAAGGAGAACUCCUCUCAGCCGGCCGACGUACGGCGUGGUCCCAGAAGUACAGCUCACGAAUGCCAGCACACAGACUGACAUCACAUUUGAACACAUCAUGGCCCUGGCCAAGCUUCGACCUCUCACCCCUCCGGUGCCGGACACCUGUCCCUUUCUGCUUUCAGACAGCUGCCACUCUCUUCAUCCGAUGGAGAAUGGAUUUUACGAAGACAAUGAGUAUGUUCCCAGCUUGCCCGCUGAUGCCGACAGAGCAGAAGACUUUGAAUAUGAGGAGGUCGAGCUGUGCCGCGUUAGCAGUCAAGAGAAGCUGGGCCUGACAGUCUGCUACCGAACCGAUGAUGAAGAAGACACAGGCAUUUAUGUCAGCGAGGUUGACCCAAAUAGCAUCGCUGCCAAGGAUGGCCGGAUUCGAGAAGGAGAUCGUAUUUUACAAAUAAAUGGGGAAGACAUCCAGAACCGAGAAGAGGCCGUGGCUCUGCUGUCUAGCGAGGAGUGUAAGAGAAUUGUGCUGCUGGUCGCCAGGCCCGACAUGCAGCUGGAUGAAGGUUGGCUGGAAGAUGAAAGGAAUGAAUUCUUAGAAGACGUAAACUCGGAGAUGCUGGAGGAAGAACCUAAUGACGGAGCGCAGUGCACAGCCAAUGAGCUGCAGCAGCCAAAAAAGCAGGAGGAGGAAGAAGGCACAACGGACACGGCCACAUCCUCUUCCAACAACCAGGAGAAGGACAGUGGCGUGGGGCGCACAGAUGAGAGCUUGCGCAACGAUGAGAGCUCAGAGCAGGAGAAUGCAGCCGAGGAAGCCCACAGCACAUCUUUGAAGAGCAAGAGAGAGCUGGGCCAGAGCCAAGACACCCUCAGAAGCCUUGAGCUUCAGUGCAGCGGGAGCUUUGCCGGGGGUGAGUGCUUGGACUCCGACUGUGCCAGCAACCGCGAGGUGUGUGAAGGAUUCCAGCAGCUCCUGGAGCUUAAGAUUCGAAACCACGGGGACUAUGACCUGUACUACUCACGCAGCACAAUUGAAUGCUGUCAAGGGGAGCAGAGCGGGGUAGAGCACGAGCUGCAGCUGCUCAACGAAGAGCUAAGGAACAUCGAGCUAGAGUGCCAGAAUAUCAUGCAGGCGCACAGGCUCCAGAAGGUGACGGACCAGUACGGGGACAUCUGGGCGCUGCACGACGGAGGAUUCCGAAAUUACAACACCAGCCUAGACACGCAGAGGGGGAAGCUGGACGACAUCAUGGAACAUCCCGAAAAGUCGGACAAGGACAGCUCGAGCGCCUACAACACAGCCGAGAGCUGCAGAAGCACCCCCCUGACUAUAGACAGGUCCCCAGAUAGUUCUCUCCCGAGAGUGAUCAACCUCACCAACAAGAAAAACCUGAGGGGCACAACGACAGCCCGUCAGUCCCCUUCCAGACAGAGCACCAAGGAAUACACAUCUACCAAAGCCAAAAGCGCCGAGGAAGGCUGCAGCACCGAAAGCCUGGAGAAGAGUCUGGAGAACACCCAGCUUCCGGAUCAAGAGGGCAUGGCCAGGGAGCACACCCCAUACCUGUCUCCUUACCACAGCUCCUCCUACAGGUAUGCCAACAUCCCAGCACAUGCCCGGCACUAUCAGAGCUACAUGCAGUUAAUCCAACAGAAAUCCGCUGUGGAGUACGCCCAGAGUCAGCUCAGCCUGGUGAGCAUGUGCAAGGAAUCGCCCAGGGGCUCAGAGCCCAAGAUGGAGUGGAAGGUCAAAAUUAGGAGCGAUGGGACCCGGUACAUAACAAAGAGGCCAGUGCGAGACCGGAUUCUGAAGGAACGUGCCUUAAAGAUCAAGGAGGAGCGGAGCGGCAUGACCACAGACGACGACACCAUGAGUGAGAUGAAAAUGGGGCGGUACUGGAGCAAGGAGGAGAGAAAGCAGCACCUGGUCCGGGCCAAGGAGCAAAGGCGGCGCCGGGAGUUCAUGAUGCGGAGCCGGCUGGAGUGUCUCAAGGAGAGCCCGCAGAGCAGCGGCGAAGGCAAGAAGGAGCUGAGCAUCAUUGAACUGAGCCACAAGAAGAUGAUGAAAAAGAGAAACAAGAAAAUUUUGGAUAACUGGAUGACAAUCCAAGAACUGAUGACCCACGGGGCGAAGUCUCCAGAUGGCACUAGAGUCCAAAACGCCUUCCUGUCGGUGACCACCGUAUGACCAGGCGAAUGGGACAGCUGCCUUACAGAGCACGCUACCAGUUUCGGUAGAGAAUGAUUGCCUCGUUCAAUGUGGCGUUUUUAUAUAUAUUUUGUGACUUUUGCAGUUGAAAUUUUUUGUAAGAAAAAAAAAAAAUACCCGGUACUUUUUAAUUUGCUUUUCAUACGCUGGUACCUUCUUUGGCUAUUAUCUUUCUGUAACUUGUGAUAUAUUCAUAGCGCUCAUUUAUAGAAAAAAAAUAAAAAUAAAACAAUGAAAAAAGGAAAAAAAAUGACAAAAAUACUAAGGACCUAAUUGAUUUCGUAUUUUAAUGUAUCUAUUGUAAGUUAAAAAAUCUCGAUUUAUUUCUCUAAUUUUCUUAUUUUCUAUUUUAAUAACUCAAUGCCAAAACACUCCUAUGCUCGCUUACUGGCAUAGCGAUUACUAAAUCGAAUCUGCAUAUAAACCACGUGCCGCAUCUUGUCUCAUACAUGAAGUAGCACCCCUUUUACAGCCUGUUGUACAUUUAACACACACAUGGCAGUUGUCUUUGUCUCAGUAAAGUGUGGGUGGACAAUCUUCCUGUGAUACGUAGUGACACUGGUCAUGUAGCUAGGUAAUUGUGGUAAUUUGUGACAAUAAAAAAAUAAAAAAUAAAUUAUUGAUUAUCCAUAAGCGAAGUUAUCGAGGACUGUUCUUUUCUUUGUCCACUGUGGUUAACAUGUUUAGUUGUACGUAUACUAUUAGAAGACUCUUAGUUGUGAAUUAUAAACUGUGCGCUUUUUCUACCUUU